CUCACAAUAUUCAAUUCAAGAAAUGCAUUCCUCUUCCAUUUUCCUUCGCAGGCGUCCAAAGCCCCCGCCAUCUCUUCACCACAGCCUCGCUUUCCUCCGCUUCAUGGGCGGAGGCCCCCGGACAUUUCCCGGAGGAUUAAACAAAUGGCAGUGGAAACGCAUGCACGAGAAAAAGGCCAGAGAAAAAGAAAAACGCCUCCUCGAUCACGAAAAGCAAAUUUACCAGGCCCGUAUCCGUUCUGAAAUCAGGGCUAAACUCUCUGCUGCUUCCCAGAAGCCCAAUUCUGUUUCCGACCCAGAUCAGCCCGGACCCAAUUAUGGCCCGGUAUCGCCUCAAGAACAUAUUAAAGCUCUGGCUGAUCGGUUCAUGAAAGAAGGUGCUGAGGAUUUGUGGAAUGAAGCUGAUGGCCCGAUUAGAGCUCCGGCGCCUCGAGAAAUGGCAAAUAAGAGAGUUAUUGGUGAGCCCAUUGAUUUACGGAAAUUAAUUUCGAGAAAAUCUGCUUUUGCUGAUAAUUGUAGUGCUGAUGAAAGUAGAAAUCCGAAGUCUUUGGGUGAUAUUUCUUCGACGGCUCGAAAGUUUUCGAGCGGUGCUUUGGGUUCAGUGGGAUUGGGAUAUAAUUUAACGGGUUAUUGUGGACAUGGAUUUUUUAUGAACUCGAAUAAUUGGUUAAUUAGUAGGCGCAUUUCGAGUUACACAGCGGGAUUGAUGAAGGGGGGAUUGGACCUAAUGUGUGAUCAUGGAAGUCAGAUUUCGGUGAAUAUGGAUGGUUUGUCGAGAGUGAGGUGUUAUUCUGUGGAUACAAUUAGUAACAAAGGAGCAAGUUUUGCUAGAAACCAGAGGUCAAAAAGCAAGGAAGGCUCAGAUUCUAAGCGGAGUUUGGUUAGCUCUAGAGGUAGCGGGAGAGUGAGGUGGCCGAGAUUUCACACCAACAGGAAUGCGAUAAAUUCUUCAGAUGAUGAAAGUGAUGAUGAUGAUGAUUAUGGUAAUGAUAGUGAUGGUGAGGAUAAGACUGCUGAAGAAAGGAGAAGUUGGGGUAAUGGGAGGAGAAAUGCAAGCAGUGCUGCAUUAGGGAAGUAUGAUGUGAAGAUAAAGAAGAAGCGAGUGCCCUUGAAUGCUUUGGAACAAGAGGAUGAUUUGUCACAGCAGGUGGAGAUGAUUCGUAAGGAGGUUAUUAAGAGGAGUUUGGAGAAGCAGCGUGGAGAGGGAAAAAGUGAAGAGGAGACAAUAUAUAGUUCCAAAAGGUUUGAUGAGUAUGACAUCUCUCCUUUGACAGUCAAGGCACUCAAUGCAGCGGGUUAUGUGCAAAUGACCAGGGUUCAGGAGGCUACACUUUCCACUUGCCUUCAAGGCAAUGAUGCUUUGGUUAAAGCUAGAACUGGAACUGGAAAAAGUGCUGCAUUUUUGCUUCCUGCUAUUGAAACAGUUAUAAAGGCGUCAAGCAACAGCACGAACCAACGGACCACUCCAGUAUACGUUCUCAUUCUCUGUCCAACACGAGAACUUGCAAGCCAAAUAGCUGCAGAAGCUACUGUACUGCUGAAGUACCAUGAUGGCAUUGGCGUGCAGACACUAGUUGGAGGAACACGCUUUAAAGUUGACCAGAGACGCCUGGAGUCAGAGCCAUGUCAGAUUAUAGUUGCAACUCCUGGCAGAUUGUUGGAUCAUAUAGAGAACAAGUCUGGAUUCUCUUUGCGCUUAAUGGGAUUGAAGAUGCUUAUCCUUGAUGAAGCAGACCAUUUAUUAGACCUUGGUUUCAGGAAAGACAUGGAGAAAAUCGUGGAUUGUUUACCUCGAAAGAGACAGUCUUUACUGUUUUCAGCCACAAUUCCGAGGGAGGUUCGUCGAAUAUCACUGCUUGUUUUGAAAAGAGAACAUGCAUACAUGGAUACAGUUGGCUAUAGCUUGGAAACACAUCCCAAGGUAAAGCAAUCUUAUCUUGUUGAACCACAUGAACAGCAUCUCGAAAUUGUAUACAAUCUUCUGCAGGGACACAUCUCCAAAGUGCCUGAUUAUAAGGUUAUUGUUUUCUGUACAACAGCAAUGAUGACGUCCCUCAUGUAUGCACUUUUAAGAGAGAUGAAGAUGGCUGUGAGGGAGAUGCACUCGAGAAAACCUCAAAUCUACAGGACUCGGAUUUCUGAUGAAUUCAAGGAAGCUAAACGAUUGAUUCUCAUUACAUCAGAUGUUUCAGCUCGCGGAAUGAACUAUCCUGAUGUCACAUUGGUCAUUCAGGUUGGUCUUCCAUCAGAUAGGGAACAAUAUAUACAUCGUCUUGGAAGAACUGGACGGGAAGGCAAAGAAGGAGAAGGCAUCCUUUUACUUGCACCUUGGGAGGAUUACUUUUUGGAUGACGUAAGAGAUCUUCCCCUGGAGAAAUGCUCUUCACCGCAAUUAGAUCCUGAUGUGAAUGUAAAGAUUGAAGCAUGUCUGACAAAGAUCGACCAUGGUGUCAAAGAAGCUGCUUAUCAUGCUUGGCUGGGCUAUUAUAACUCCAUCAGGGAAAUAGGCAGAGACAAGACGACCCUUGUUGAGUUAGCCAACCAAUUUUGCAAGUCAAUAGGAUUACAGAAGCCUCCUGCCCUCUUUAGAAAAACAGCGUUGAAGAUGGGCUUAAAAGAUAUUCCUGGCAUUCGAAUACAAAAAUGAGUUCACUUGUGACUUCAUUUUACAUCUGUAAAGCAUGAUAUAUUUUGCCGUGUUCAAUUGAAAGUGGCAUCAAGACUGAAUGCCUUGAUGAUUUUCAGCUAAUUGCUUGUAUGUUCUUCUUC